AUGUCGAAAGGCCACCUGAGCAAUGAUGAUUUCUUCCAAAAGCUGUCCCAACUAUUCGAAUCCUCCACCCACGGCUCCAUAUACCUAAGUCAAAAACGCAUGGUAUACGGCGAAAAUGUCAAUACAGGAACACCGGAGUCCACGCCCGGCCAGCCAUUCCCCGACCUCAGCCCUUCGCAGCCUUUGCCCCUCAUAGUCCGGGCCUCGAACGGGAAGUCCAAGGAGAAGAGGGAUAAGAAGGUUAAGCUUUCUACCAUUGUGGAGGCCGAUGCACUAGAGGGCUUCUUUGCUAAAUAUGCGGAUGUAUGCAAGACGUCGAUGAGCGGGCUGAAGAAGAGAGACCGGAGUAAGCAGAAGGAGAAGUUGAAGGCCAAGAAGCGGAAACAAGGUGGCGGCGCUGCUGCUGGGACAGUUGAGGUAAAGAAGUCAUGA